AUGGGUUGGCGAAGGUACUGGAAGGAGCACUGCUUCGGUCUUACCGCGGAAACGCUGGUAGACAAGGCCAUGAUGCUCACACACCUGGGAGGGACCUUCGGGGGGAACCAGCAGCCCACGAAGUUCCUCUGCCUGGUGCUCAAGAUGCUGCAGAUACAGCCGGAGAAGGAGAUCAUCAUCGAGUUCAUAAAGAACGAGGAUUACAAGUAUGUUCGAGUGCUGGGCGCGUUCUAUCUCCGACUCGUCGGCACCCCGGCGGAUAUAUAUCAGUACCUAGAGCCUCUCUACAACGACUACAGGAAGAUACGACUACGCUUGACACAAGGCUGGGAGCUGCGCACGAUCGAUCAGCAGAUCGAAGAGCUGUUGCACUCGGACAUCAGCUGCAGCAUCGCCCUGCCCCGGUUGCCGAAGAGAGUGGCUCUGGAGGACUCCAAGCUGCUCAAGGGGGCGAGGGUUAGCGUCCUGGACGAGGACUGGGAUGCUGGGGGCGAGGUUAGCGCCGGAGAGCCAGAAGAAUCGGAAGACGACGACGACAGGAAGGACAGGGGCAGAGGAGUUGGCCGUGACCGCGACCGCCAAGACCGUAGAGGCAGAGGCCGCGACCGCAGCAGGAGCGGGAGCAGGGGGAGAGGGAGGGACAGCGGCAGGAGCAAGGGCAAGCGUGGUUCGUCUGCUGGUAGCGACGACGAGGAAGACGGGGACGACGACAAGUACAGCAAGAAUCCCAAGCCUCCGACCGCGGUCAGCGCUGCCGAGAUCGAGGCUCGAGAAGCCCUGGCCAUGUCGCUCAUCCAGGACGUUGCCGAUGAGCGUGCUGGGAUGGGGUCCAAGGGCCGCUCCCGCACGGCGAAGGCCACCAAGGUCUCGACCGGCGGCGGCGCGGAAAGUUCCACGAAAAUUCCUCCGGAAAGGGCGGGGAAAGAGAAGCACGCCUCCACCAGGACUGGCCGCGGAGCGAGCAGGAGCAGGAGUCGGAGCAGGAGCAGCGGGCGUGGGCGUGGGCGCAGCCAUAGCCGUAGCCGUAGCCGUAGCUUGAGUGGGGGACGGGAGCUUGCCGCGAAGGAGCGAUCUUUCCCGAUGGACCGUGACAGGGAUCGCGGCGGCGGUGGUGGUGGUGGUGGUGGUGGUGGUGGUGGUGGUGACACUGCAGCUAACGGUGGGAAGAAGGGUUCCAAGGCGGACAAGGAUGAAGGGGCUGGAGGAAAGGGCGGCAGCGGCGGGCAGGGGGACGAAGAUGGCGGCAAGAAGGGCAAGAAGGGCAAGAAGGCCCCGGCCAGGAGGACCGAAGACGGAAGCGGCAAGAAGAAGGGCGACAGCAGCAGCAGCGGGGGUGAUGACUCAGGGAAAGGCGGGAAGGCGUCCACCGGGUCGGUCGAGUUCUGGAACGAUGAGAGGGCUAAGCUGGGGCUCAAGCCUCUAAAGUAGGAAUUCAUGCCAGCAGGGGUAUGUAGUGUACCUAGAAGGGCCCCGGGUGUUGCUCCCGCUGCUGCACGUCGUUCGUUGUUGGGUACGUGCGGUGGUGUGGCAUCUAUCUAUGUCUGUGGCGUGUGUUGAACAGGCGGUCGGGUUCGGAGAGAAGCAGGCAAGGGGGCUUGGGAGUUUUGAUUUCUUGUUUGGUUGCGAUACUGUUGUUUUCAGCACGCAUCCUUUACGAUCAGCUUACGUGUCAUGCACGGGGGGGAAGGGGUAAAAACGGUUCGAUUGUUUGUAUUCCAUGGUGGUGUCGAAGUUCGCCAUGGUGGGUGUUACGAUUAGCGAAGGGUGACGACGGUCCAUUUGGUCGAUCGACAUGGCGCGACUGAACGGCAUUUCCUCUCAAGACAGAAAACAAACAGGACGGGAUCUUGAACGAAGGCUUGAGAAGCCAACAAUCAAACUCAGCCAGCGACGACGAGCGCCUAGAAACGGUACCUAUCGACGUAUGUAUCGCCGUCUCACACGCUGAGAACGUUCGUUGAAAAGCGAUUCAGGCUGGAGACUCUGAGAACCCGGAGAUGAACUGUCGGACCUACCAGUAGCAAGGGUCGAGUGCAGCACUCAACACUGUUGUAUGGGAUUUGAACGGACGGUACUGCUGUACCCGCCAAGAAUAGAUUGGCUACAUAGCGUCAUGCCGACGGAGUAUGACGAUACUGCUGCUGUACUGCAAAUCCUAACCCCCGAAUGAGAAUGUCAGCCCGAGCCCAGGCCAGUAGACUGCAAUUUGAGUGGGUACACGUUAGCUUUUCUUCUCGAUGGAGCAGCGUGGGGAUGGGGUUAUGACACGAUAUGAGAGGACAAUAUUU